AUGAACCCCGCGAAGUGUGUUUUCUUCGCGGAGGCCGGUGAUUUCCUUGGUUUCCUAGUGCAUCAAAGAGGCAUCGAAAUCCCAAAAGACAAGGCACAGGCGGUAAUCACCGCUUCGCCCCCCACCACCAAAAAGGAGCUCCAACAGCUGCUCGGGCGAAUCAACUUUCUCCGCCGUUUCAUAUCAAACGCAGCAGGAAAGGUCCAGCCUUUUUCGCCCCUCCUCAAGCUCCAGGGGGCAACCGAGUUCGUCUGGGAACCACAACAUCAACAGGCCUUCGAUCGGAUCAAGGACUACCUGACGAACCCACCAGUCCUGAUCCCACCUCGCGACGGGUGCAAGCUGCGCCAUUACAUGCUUGCCUUUACCACGGUUGUGAUCGCUCAAUCCGACCUGAUCAAAUACAUGCUCUCCCGCCCUAUCCUGCGGGGACGCAUCGGCAAGUGGAUCUUAGCCAUGUCCGAAUUUUCGUUGCAAUAUGUUCCGCAAAAGGCAGUAAAAGGACAGGCAAUAGCAGACUUUCUCGCUCAUCACCCACCUUCAGAGCUCACGGCGUUUCGCGAGUUGGAAUUCGCUACCGUGACACUCGCUCCAUGGACCCUGUACUUUGAUGGUUCACGAACUGAUACCGCGGCCGGAGCCGGGAUAGCCAUAGCCAAUCCCGCUGAAGAUCGCUUCUCCUACUCGUUCCAGCUCGAUUUCAAAUGGACCAACAACCAGGCUGAGUACGAGGCGCUGAUCAUCGGCCUAGAGAUUUUGUUGGAUUUAGGAGUCCGCGAGGUUCAGAUCUUUGGCGAUUCUUUGUUGGUCGUUAACCAACUGGUGGAAAAGUUUAAGUGCUUUAGCUCGUCCAUUGAGCCAUACCUGCGCAAGGCAUUUGAGGUGUUGGACCGAUUCGAUGACGUCUACAUCGAGCACAUACCACGUGAGUUCAACUUCGCCACCAACGAGCUCGCCCAAGUAGCGUCCGGUCUCAGCCUGUGCGACGGCGUGCGCGAACGUUUGCUCAAAGUCGAACGCCGCACGCUUCCCUCUUUCAUCGCUAGGGGGCAAUUUCAGGCCGACACCCCCGAAGUUGCGGCUUUGGACCCUAUCGACGAGGAUUGGCGGCUACCAUUUAUCGCCUACCUCCAGAACCCCAACGACGCCGCUCACUCCAGGCAAAUACGUUUCCUCGCCUUAAACUUUGUUUUACGCAAUGGCGAACUCCGGCGGCGUGGGGAAGACGGAAACGAUUUCCGCUGCGUGUAUGGGAACGAAGCUAAACGUAUCAUGCGCGAAGUCCAUUGUGGAGUUUGCGGUUCGCACCAGGCUGGGCCAAAAAUGCGUUGGUUAAUCCGUCGCCAUGGGUACUACUGGCCAACCAUUCUGAAAGACUGUAUUACCUUCGCCAAAGGUUGCCAAGACUGCCAGGCUCACGGACCAGUGCAACAUAUUCCCAACAUCCCGUUGCAGCCUAUCAUUAAACCUUGGCCGGGUCGCGGUUGGGCGAUAGAUUUCGUUGACAUCAUUCAUCCCCAUUAUUCUGAGCAGCAUAAGUUCAUUAUCGUCGCCACCGAUUUCUUUACCAAAUGGGUCGAGGCCGAACCACUCAAGGUUGCCUCCGCCAACUCGGUGCGCAACUUUAUUUUCCGCAAUAUCAUCUCUCGCUUUGGUAUCCCGGAGUGCAUCGUUACGGAUAGGGGGGCAGCUUUCAUAGCUGAUUCAGUUGUUAAGUACUUAAACGACUACGGAAUCAAGCUUCUCCGCUCUACGCCAUAUUAUGCACAGUCCAACGUCCAGGCGGAGGCUAGUAAUAAAGUCAUCCUUGGCAUCCUCCGCAAGAUGUUGGAGUUGAACCCGCGUGUCUGGCAUGAGGAACUCUACCACACCUUGUGGGCUUACCGCACUUCAAAGCGCGGCCCGACGGAUACCACCCCGUACGCUCUCAUGUACGGCCACGAUGCCGUCCUUCCCCUUGAGAUCAAUAUCGCUUCACUCCGCGUUCAGGAACAGCAUCAACUACUUGGCGAGGAUUACGUCCAGGUCAUGUGGCAGGAACUUGAUCUUGACGAGCACUGCGUCACCGCUUUCAACAAUCUCAUCCUCGAGACAACGCAUCGCACGUUCGUAUGA